UAAUAAUAAGUAAAUCUCCAUUUUUUAAUUGAUUGAACCAUAAACCGCUAUAAAUAUGGUAGAGGAUUUAAAAAAAUAAACAUAGUGUGAAGAUCAUCAUGUUUUUGAAAAAAUUAUUUGGAGUUGUUUUGUGUUUAUUUGUAACUGCUCGAUUAUCAUCGGCAGAUCUUGGUGACAUAACGUCUCCAGUUGACCCCGGAAAAGCAAAUAUCAAUGAGGAAGAAGUAGAAUUUAUAAUUUAUCAAAAUUCUGAAACUACGGGUUUCCAAAAGCUAGCAGUCGGGCAAACAGUAAGUAUUGGCGAAGAAAAAGAUAUCAGAAUAAUCAUCCAUGGUUAUGCCGAGAAUCCAGACUUAGAUUGGGUAGUGAAAAUGAAGGAUGCUUUCUUAUCUAAAGGUUACGUUGUCAUCGUUGUUGACUGGUCCAAAGCUGCAGUUAACUACGAACUUGGUGCUGAUAAUGUUAAACAACUCGGCCUAUAUGUUGGACAGUUUAUUAUUGCUAGUGGACUAGAAAUUAGUAAAAUUGAAAUCGUUGGAUCUUGCUUGGGAGCACAUGCCGCAGGUCAUGCUGGCAAAUACAUUCGUGAGCAAACGCCACAGCAAGUGCCCAAGAUAUUUGCUUUAGAUACUGCAGCUAAGAAAUUUGAACUUCCAGAAGUACCAGAACAGAAUAGAUUGUCAAGAAACGAUGCUAUCUACGUGGUACUGAUUCACACAGAUUGCAAACAAUGGGGCUAUAAAGCACCUAUCGGUUUGGUCGAUUUCUAUGUUAAUGGAGGCAAUGUUCAACCUGGAUGCGUUGUUGUCGGUGUAGAUGAAGAUGUCUGCAGUCAUGUUCGAGCUAACUAUGUGUUUAUCGAGUCUAUUAUGACUGAAGUUCAAGCUGACGAGGUUACCGUCGUUAUUAAGGAUGGACUGGUAAUUUCUACGCCAGUAGAUCCAAGCACCUCGAGAACUGCCACGUUUGGGGAACAAGUAGAACAACUAGUUGUGCCUGGUAGUUUUGUUCUUCAAACUCAGGCCGUUUCACCAUUCCUGCAAACAACUGCAAAACUGUAAAUGGUACCUAUAAAUAAAGAAUUAUUGACGUCAACUA